CGGGCAGGGGAUAAAAGUGGCAGCGCAGCAGGGGCCGAGCACUGUGCAGAGCAGAGCCCCGCAGCCACCCAGCUCCAGCCCCGCUCGCCGUGCCAACGUCCCGCAGCACCAUGAAGGGCUCCGCAGCCGCCCUGGCCGCUCUGCUCCUCCUGGCCCUCUGCUCCUCAGCCGUGGCCCAUCUGGACGGCGUCCCCACAACCUGCUGCUACACCUACAUUAAACAUCCCGUCCCACGCAACCUCAUCGCCUCCGCCUUCCCCACCAGCAGCACCUGCCGCCAGCCAGGGAUUGUCCUGGUCACCAAGAAGGGGAGGGAGAUAUGCGCACAGCCCAAGGUGCACUGGGUGCAGGAACUCCUGGAGCGCUUCCAGAUCCAGAAAAACUGAGCCUUCCCUGCUCUCCCG